AUUAAGACUUUUAAUUAAGGUUUUGAAAUGACCAUAUUCUCCUUACACAAUUUAAAAAAUCCCAGCAAUGUCCUCAAUGUCUCCAAGUUCCGUGGGAUGCAUCGUGGAAGCUUUGUUGGAAGUUGGAACCUCCCCUCAUCAAAAAUGGAGUAUAAUCUAAUUCAGCCAUCUGUCGCGGUAAUAAUCGCAUCAAUUAUCGCUUUCCGAGCUUACCGUAGAAAAUCGUUGAACCUCUCUGGAGCUCUUGCCGGAUUUAUUGUCAUGUCAACCCAUUUUGCUAUCAACUACAGGUAUGGUGCUGUGCUUCUUGUAUUCUUUUUUACUUCAUCUAAGCUUACUAAGGUUGGGGAAGAGAAGAAACGAGUCGUUGAUGCUGAUUUUAAGGAAGGUGGUCAAAGAAAUUGGGUUCAAGUUCUAUUUAAUAGUGGUAUUGCUACGGUUUUGGCUGUGAUUAUUUGGAAAAUUACUGGAUGGCAAGAUAAAUGCCUGGACUCUAAAGACUCAGCUCUUGUCACUGCUCUCAUUGGGGGCAUUCUAGGGCACUACUCCUGCUGCAAUGGGGAUACAUGGUCUUCUGAGCUUGGAAUUCUUGGUGAUGCAACACCUCGAUUAAUCACAAACUUCAAGCCUGUUCGAAAGGGUACAAAUGGUGCAGUAACAAAUGCAGGGCUCCUUGCUGCUACUGCUGCAGGUGCUGUCAUAGGACUGACGUUUGUUCUCCUAGGAUUUUUCACUGCGAAAUGUGAUUAUAGCACAACGCUGAAACAGCUAUUGGUAAUUCCUCUAGCAGCCGUGGCUGGACUUUGUGGAAGUGUCAUAGACUCUCUUUUGGGAGCAACAGUGCAAUUCAGUGGAUUCUGCACAGUUCGUAAUAAGGUUGUAGGAAAACCAGGACCAACAGUAAAAAGGAUAUCAGGUCUCAACAUUCUUGAUAACAAUGCUGUGAACCUUGUGUCAGUAUUAUUAACCACAAUGCUUACUUCGCUUGCCUGCAUCUACAUUUUUUGAACGAUAUCUUCCAUUGCGAGAUAAUGCUUUAGGCAUGUUAUACAGUUUUCUUUAUCAAAUAAAGUUAUGGGAAUAAGCAAGAUAAUCAUUCUUUAAUGCAAGAAACUUGGAUUUGCUUA